ACACGGGGGACCUUUGUGUUGUGUGUGUGUGGUGGGGGGGGCUGAGUGCCACCAUCGUGCUGAGUGGAGAUGCGCGCGUCACUAGACGCGGAGCGCGCACGGGCGCAGGUCACACAGCGUAGGUGAGCGUCGACCUGGCCAUGGAGUCCAACUCAGGCCGCAAGGAGCCCAAGGCCCCGUCCGGGAGCCGGGUGAUCCUUGUGGGACCAGGUCACCCCGCGUCUCUCCUGGAGGCUCAGAGGUUCCCGGACAACAAGAUCGUCUCCUCCAAGUACACUCCCUGGAACUUCAUCCCCAAGAAUCUGUUUGAACAGUUCCGACGAAUCGGCAAUUUCUACUUCCUCAUGAUCUUCUUGGUGCAGGUCGUCAUCGACUCCCCAACCAGCCCAGCCACCAGUGGCCUCCCGCUCCUCUUCGUCAUCGCGGUGACAGCCGUCAAGCAGGGCUACGAGGACUGGCGCCGUCACCGCUCGGACGCCACGGUCAACGACGAGAGCGUGGAGCUCGUCGUGCCGGCACCGCUGACCGGUGGUGCCGCCGGUGGUGCCGCCGGUGGUGCCGGUGGUGGCGCCCUGCGCACGUCGCGCUCCAGCGAGGUGCGCGUGGGCGACGUGGUGUGCGUGCGCCGCGACGGCACCUUCCCCUGCGACCUGCUGGUGCUGGCCACGUCGGGGCGCCCCGGCGGGGCCUGCCACGUCACCACGGCCAGCCUGGACGGGGAGAGCAACCUCAAGAGUCGCUUUGCGCUGGCACAGACGGCGUCGCUGGGCUCCCCCGAGCAGCUGAGCCGCUUCACGGCCCGCGUGGAGUGCAUCCUGCCCAGCCCCGACCUCUACCAGUUCAACGGAUCACUCACCGUGAUUGGCGGGGGCACGCAGGGGGAGGGGCCUCACGAAGCCACCGCCAGGCCGAUCCUGUUCGAGAACUUGGUGCUCAGGGGAGCCACUCUGAAGAACACGGCAAUCAUCUACGGCCUGGCCGUCUACACCGGCAUGGAGACCAAAAUGGCUCUCAACUACAAGAAGAGAAGUCUGAAGAGGUCGGCCGUGGAAAAGUCCAUGAACUCGUUCCUGCUUGUCUACCUGUGUCUCCUCGUCUCCAUGGCUCUCGUGAGCUCCGUGAUGAAGUUCGUCACCGAGUCCGGCAGCGCCGCUCCGUGGUACAACGGCAGGGCCAGGCACGAGGACGGCGCGUGGAGGCCUCUGGAGAUGCUGGUGGACUUCCUUUCCUUCAUGGUCCUCUACAACUACGUCAUCCCCGUGUCCCUCUACGUCUCGGUGGAGAUGCAGAAGUUCCUGGGCUCGCGAUUCGUCGGCUGGGACCUGCGUCUCCGCGAUCCCAACAGCCACGAGCCGGCCGUGGCCAACACCUCCGACCUCAACGAGGAGCUGGGGCAGGUGGAGUACGUGCUCACAGACAAGACGGGCACCCUCACGGAGAACGUGAUGAGCCUCAAGAAGCUGAGCCUUCGAGGAGUCAAGUACCAGGUUCAUCACGGGGAGAUGGUGCCCGAGGGGGGUGGUCGGGGAGCAGCUGGAGGAGGAGGAGGAGCAGGGGGUGACGUCCCUGAUGGAGGCCUUGGAGCUACGGACUCACCGGAAUGGACCAGCCCCUCGUUCCUGUUGACGGCGCUGGCGCUGUGCCACACGGUGAACAUCAACACCGACACCGGCACCGGCAUGGACACCGACAUCCACACCGGCGGUGGGGACAGCGGGGGUGGGCCCGUGGGUAGGGACGCAGGGGGGGAGGGGGAGGGGGAGGCGGCGCCGCUGAUGGGCGGUGCGGGAGAAGUUCUCGUGGUGGAGGCGGCGGCGGCGGUGAAGGUGCCCCACGCCUCCUCGCCGGAGUGCCACGCCUCCUCGCCGGAGUGCCACGCCUCCUCGCCGGAGUGCCACGCCUCCUCGCCGGAGCGCCACGCCUCCUCGCCGGAGUGCCACGCCUCCUCGCCGGAGUGCCACGCCUCCUCGCCGGAGUGCCACGCCUCCUCGCCGGAGUGCCACGCCUCCUCGCCGGAGCGCCACGCCUCCUCGCCGGAGCGCCACGCCUCCUCGCCGGAGUGCCACGCCUCCUCGCCGGAGUGCCACGCCUCCUCGCCGGAGUGCCACGCCUCCUCGCCGGAGUACUACGCCUCCUCGCCCGACGAGAAGGCCCUUGUGGAGGCCGCGUCCAGACUUGGAGUGAUAUUCUUGGGGUUGGAAAACCAAACUAUGAGGCUCUGCAUUCAGGGACAGCUACGCAGUUUCGAGGUGCUGGACACGCUGGAGUUUGACCCCAAGAGGCGCUGCAUGAGCGUCGUCCUGCGGCGGACGUGCGGAGGCGACGUGUUCGUGGUGACGAAGGGCGCCGACUCAGCGGUGCUGCCCCGCGUCAUCGACGCCGAGGGAGAGCUGCAGGCCACGCAGAGGCACGUGGAUGACUUCGCCAUGGAGGGUCUGCGCACGCUGUGCUACGCGGUGCGGCCUCUCAGCGGCGCCGCGUGGGCCGACCUGAGCGAGCGGCUACGUGCGGCUCGCACCGCCCUGGCGAGCCGCCAGGACGCCAUCGACGCGGCCUACGACGCCGUCGAGAGCCAGCUUUGGCUCCUCGGGGCCACCGCCGUAGAGGACAGGUUGCAGGAGGAGGUUCCCCGCACGAUCCGCGAGCUGUCCCACGCCGGCAUCUCCGUGUGGGUCCUCACGGGCGACAAGCUGGAGACGGCCGUGAGCGUGGCCUACGCCUGCGGCCUCUUCGCCCGCCACACGCGGCUCCACCACCUCCUGCCGGGCGCCGCCUCGCAGCUCGAGGGGCUGGCGCUCGACACAGCCCCCGGGGGCAGCUGUGAGAAGCUACAGCACGCGCUGGUGGUGGACGGCUCCUGUAUGUGGGAGCUGCUCUCCCAGCACCGCCGGCGCUUCCAGGAGCUGUCCCAGCUGUGCAGCGCCGUCGUCUGCUGCCGCUUGUCGCCCCUGCAGAAGGCCGAGGUGGUGCGGCUGGUGAAGGCGCUGCCAGGCAGCCCCAUCACGUUGGCCAUCGGCGACGGAGCCAACGACGUCAGCAUGAUCCAGGAGGCGCACGUGGGCAUCGGCGUGAUGGGCCGCGAGGGGCGCCAGGCUGCACGGAGCGGCGACUUUGCCCUCCACCGCUUCUGCCACCUGCGGCGCCUCCUGCUGGUGCACGGCCACCUCUACUACGUACGCAUCGCACAGCUGGUGCAGUACUUCUUCUACAAGAACGUCUGCUUCAUCGCUCCACAAUUCUUCUACCAAUUCCACUGCGGCUUCUCCCAGCAGACGCUGUACACGAGCGCCUACUUGGCCAUGUACAACAUCUGCUUCACCUCGCUGCCUAUUUUGGUGUACGGCCUCAUGGAGCAAAACCUUCCCCUCGACGUGCUGGAGGCAAAUCCCCUCACCUACCGGGACAUUGCCCGUAACCGCCUGCUGGCACCGCGUGCCUUCCUGCGCUGGACGCUGCUGGGCGUGCUGCACGCCACGGCCCUCUUCCUGGGGCCCUUCCUGCUGCUCUUCCUGCCACAGAGCGCCACGCUCGCCAGCGGAGAGAUCCAGGGCCAGUGGAGCUUCGGGACGCUGGUCUUCACCACCAUGGUCAUCUCCGUCAACAUCAAG